AUGCCCUCACCUAUUCCUCUUAAUUGUUUUCUUCCUUUGGAGUUCUCCCCAUCUGCAGAUCUGCGCCCCUGCAGCAGCCCCUUAGUUAUCCCUGGCAAAGACACCAAAGGCUUUUUGGGGGGAGCUCCUUGGGUCAGAACUCGCCGCUUGCCUCCACGCCUGGCCUGGUGCUCCAUUGAUUGGGAGCAGCUCUGCCUCCUCCAGCCCCUUGGCUCUGGGGGCUUCGGUUCUGUCUUCAAAGCCACCUACCAUGGUGCAACCGUGGCCGUGAAGCAGGUGAAGAAGAGCAGCAAAAACCGCUUGGCAUCGCGACAGAGCUUCUGGGCCGAGCUGAACGUAGCCCGGCUACAGCACAAUAACGUGGUACGGGUGGUGGCUGCCAGCACCUGUGCCCCAGCUAGCCAGAACAGCCUGGGCACCAUCAUCAUGGAGUAUGUGGGCAACAUCACCCUGCACCACGUCAUUUAUGGCACGGGCGACAGGUGGAUGCAGGGGGAGGAUGGUGAAGGUGGCUGCGGAAGGAAGGCUCUGAGCAUGGAAGACGCUGUGCGCUACUCUUGUGACAUUGUGACCGGCUUGGCCUUCCUCCACUCCCAGGGCAUCGUGCACUUAGACCUGAAGCCUGCAAACAUCUUCAUCACGGAGCAGGGAGUGUGCAAGAUUGGAGACUUCGGGUGCUCCCAGAAACUGGAGGAGGGUUUGUCGCAGAGCCCCCACCUCUGCCAGCAAGGGGGCACGUACACACACCGUGCCCCCGAGCUCCUCAAGGGAGAGAAGGUCACUGCCAAGGCAGACAUCUACUCCUUUGCCAUCACCCUCUGGCAGAUUGUCAUGCGGGAGCAGCCCUACCUGGGUGAGAGGCAGUAUGUGCUCUAUGCUGUGGUAGCCUACAACCUGCGCCCUUCCCUGGCUGCCAAUGUUUUCCACGAGUCCCUCGUGGGCCAGAGGCUCCAGAGCAUUAUCAGCUGCUGCUGGAAGGCUGAUGUGGAGGAACGACUGAGUGCAGCCCAGCUGCUUCCCAGCCUCAGGGUCCUCCUCAAGGGGAGACUCUAG